CAGUGUGAAAAAUAAUGAAAAUAGUUACACAAUAUUUAUAUGACAAAAAUUAAAGGAAUACAUUAAAUACAUUAAGUUUUAUGAUCAACAAGGAUAGCUUUUUGUGGAGUUCAAUGUUACAGAUAUACAAUUAACCUCCAAACUUGAGAAUGUUCGGGCAACAAAUGGGGAUAUGACUUUGCUGAUGGACCUACAUUUUGGCCCAAAAGUUAUCCAAACUGCGGUGGACAGCAGCAAUCGCCGAUUAGUAUAGGAGUGUCAGAAGUAGUAGUCAACAGCAGUUUACCACAUUUUAACUUUGACCAUAUAAAGAAUGUAACCAAUCUUAAAAUGACUCUAGAAAACAACGGCCAUAGUGUUCAAAUAGAUUUAAAGGGAAAUAAUCUGCAGUUAAGUGGCGGUGGACUGCCUGGAACUUUUAAUGCAGAACAAUUCCACUUUCACUGGGGAUCCGAAGAUAAAAGAGGUUCCGAACAUAACAUAAAUGGAAAACAAUAUCCUAUGGAGAUGCAUGUUGUUCUGUAUAAUAGUAAACAUGGUGGGUUUUCCAGUGCGUUGAACAAAACAGAAGGACUUGCAGUAUUAGCAUUUUUGUUCGAGAUUGGAGAAACUAACCAUCAUUUUGAUGAAAUCAUCUCGCAUCUAACCAAAAUUUCACACAAAGAUGACCAUGCACUUCUCAAUACUUUUGCUCUGGAUUCUUUAUUUCCACAUGAUGCUGGUGUGUAUUAUCGAUAUUAUGGAAGCCUGACAACACCACCAUGUUUUGAAAGUGUUAUAUGGACCAUAUUUAAAAACCAUAUUGUUAUAUCUGAAGAACAGAUUGAGAAAUUCAGACACCAGGUGCACAGGAACUAUGCCAAUGAAACAGAUCGUGACAUCUCAGGCGACUAUCGACCAGUCCAAAGACUAAACAACAGAGUAGUGAUGACAAAUGCUGAGGAGGGACUAUAUUACAACAAUUGUCAAAUCAUUCUCCCCUUUAACAUUUAUUUUAUGGUGCUAUUGUUUCUGUUUAUAAAAACUAGGCUAGGUACUACAAUUGAAAAAAGCAUGACUUCUGAGCUCAUUCCUGACGGAUACGAUAUACAUCAGGUAUCACGAAAAGAGCAAAGAGGUGGCGGUCUAGGUAUUGUCUACAAGAAAAAUUUGGAUAAAUGUCCCUUUAGCAGCAAGACGGUUUUAAAACAUUACUCCUGGAUACAAAUGUUGCUGGGAUACACAUGUGUUGUAUAUACAUUGCUGAUAGCCAUUCAUUGUACUAGCGGGUUCGUACACAAAUGGGGAUAUCAUCACGGAUUCUUGCCAAAUAGAUGGGAAGUCUUGUAUCCAACCUGCAAAGGCAAACAACAGUCCCCCAUAGACAUUCGAACAAAAGAUGUGGUUUAUAACAAAAAAUUGAAGCUAUUCAAUUUAACUGACCUUAAUAGAAUUGACGAUGUAAUGGUGAAAUUCAAAAAUAACGGACAUUCAGUUGUAGUCCAUAUAUCCGACAAAAGACCAAUGAUUACUGGAGGCAGCCUUCCAGGGACAUAUAAUGUAGCACAAUUCCACUUCCAUUGGGGAUCAGUAAACAGCCGCGGAUCAGAACACGAAAUAGAUGGCAAACAUUCUUCAAUGGAGAUGCAUGUUGUGUGUUAUUCUGAUAAAUUCAAAAGUGUCAGAGAAGCCAUGAAUACCACAAAGGGAUUGGCGGUCUUGGGAUUUUUAAUUGACGUUGGCGACAACCACGAUGAGUUUGGAUCUAUUAUACGUUAUCUUAGAAACAAUCAACACAAAAAUGAUAAUGUCAUAAUAGGAGGAAUGAAUUUGACAAAGUUAUUGCCACAAACUACACAUUAUUACAGAUAUUCUGGUAGUCUGACAACGCCACCAUGUUACGAGAGCGUCAUUUGGACAGUAUUUGUAAAUCACAUCUUUAUUUCACAACAUCAGUUAGACCAAUUCCAUAAUCUUGGGAAGACUCAAUUUAAAGGUUCAGAGGAUCUGAUUGACAACUAUCGAAAUCCACAACCAUUAAAUGGUAGACUAGUCACAUCAAAUUUGCGGUUGAAAUUAAAGAAGACUUCGGUUAAUUUAUAAAUCUAUGAUGCGUUCA